AUGCUCUCCAAAGUAGCCAGUUUGCAGACUGCGGCUCUGCUUCGCCGGGGAGUUCAUUCUUCAGUGGCUCGUGCUGUCUCUGUUGCAACCAAGAAAACCGUCCAAGGCCCUCCGUCUUCCGAUGACAUUUUUGAACGGGAAUCUAAAUACGGCGCUCACAAUUACCACCCUCUACCCGUAGCUCUGGAAAGAGGAAAAGGUAUUUAUGUAUGGGAUGUGGAAGGCAGAAAAUAUUUUGACUUCCUGAGUGCUUACAGUGCCGUCAACCAGGGACACUGUCACCCCAAGAUUGUGGAUGCUCUGAAAAGCCAGGCGGACAAGCUGACGUUGACCUCGAGGGCUUUCUACAACAGCGUCCUUGGGGAGUAUGAAGAAUACAUCACUAAGCUCUUCAGCUACCACAAAGUUCUUCCCAUGAAUACAGGGGUGGAGGCGGGAGAGACGGCCAUCAAACUUGCUCGUAAAUGGGGCUACACCGUCAAGGGCAUUCAGAAGUACAAAGCAAAGGUUGUUUUUGCAGCUGGAAAUUUCUGGGGUAGAACACUGUCUGCCAUCUCCAGCUCCACGGAUCCGACGAGUUAUGAGGGGUUCGGGCCAUUCAUGCCAGGUUUCGAAAUCAUUCCCUAUAAUGACCUGCCGGCUCUUGAGCGUGCUCUGCAGGACCCAACUGUGGCCGCGUUUAUGGUCGAACCCAUUCAGGGGGAAGCAGGCGUUGUUGUUCCAGACCCAGGCUACCUCACGGGCGUGCGCGAGCUCUGCACCCAGCACCAGGUUCUGUUCAUUGCUGAUGAGAUACAGACGGGACUGGCCCGCACCGGCCGAUGGCUGGCCGUUGAUCAUGAGAACGUGAGGCCUGACGUGAUCCUGCUGGGCAAGGCCCUUUCGGGGGGUCUGUACCCUGUCUCCGCAGUGCUGUGUGAUGACGAGGUCAUGCUCACCAUCAAACCCGGGGAGCACGGCUCAACGUAUGGGGGCAAUCCCCUUGGCUGCCGAGUGGCCAUCGCGGCACUGGAGGUCUUGGAAGAAGAAAACCUUGCUGAGAACGCAGACAAGAUGGGUGCUCUCUUGCGGCGUGAGCUCAUGAAGCUGCCGUCUGACGUCGUGACUGCUGUCCGAGGAAGAGGACUGUUGAACGCGAUCGUUAUUAAAGAAACCAAAGAUUAUGAUGCCUGGAAGGUGUGUCUCCGACUUCGAGAUAAUGGGCUUCUGGCCAAGCCAACCCAUGGUGACAUCAUCAGGCUGGCACCCCCGCUCGUGAUCAAAGAGGAUGAGAUCCGCGAGUCUGCCGAGAUCAUUCACAAGACCAUCUUGUCUUUCUGA